UCGGAACACGACGGUGACGUAAUGCCUAAUCAGGAAAUGAAGGUGGUGCUUUGGAAGAAAUGCUAGAGCUAGCUAGCGCUUCAAGAUUCACCGUCUUAACAAAAGACGAACAAAUAUGACAAUAUUUCUCUCCAAUACAGGUUGAAGAACACCAUACAUCUGGAAAUACUACAUUCACUUUGACAUUCCACUUGUGAAGUUUUCCCUUUGGCUCCUCUGCCAAGCAGUCAUGUCUUCUGGCUGCCCACCCCAGUCACCAGCUGUGGCCAAGACAGACGUAACCGUAGAGGGGGAAUGCCCUCUCCUUGCUGCCACAUUUGCCUACUGGGACAACAUCCUCGGCCCACGCGUCCGUCACAUUUGGGUACCCAGAUGUGAGCAAUCGCUGUUCUUAAGCGAUGGCGAGGUGACCUUCUUAGCCAAUCACACGCUGAACGGGGAGAUCCUACGCAGCGCGGAGUGCGGGGCCGUUGACGUCAAGUUCUUUGUGCUGGCAGAGAAAGGCGUCAUCAUCGUGUCACUUAUUUUCGAUGGUGAACUGAAAGGUGACAAGAACACGUGUGCCUUGUCAAUCAUCUUGCCACAAACAGAAUUGGGCUUCUACCUGCCUCUACACACCGUGUGUGUGGAGAGGCUCAAACACAUCAUCCGGAAGGGACGCAUCUGGAUGCAAAAGGGCUACAACAUCAUCUCAGUGCUGUCAUCAGAGAUUGUCCCCAUUAUGGAGCUGCUGUCUUCAAUGAAGACACACAGCGUUACUGAGGACAUAGAUAUUAAGGACACUGUCCUAAAUGAUGAUGACAUUGGGGACAGCUGCCAUGAGGAUUUCCUGCACAAAGCCAUUAGCUCUCACCUCCAAACCUGUGGCUGCUCAAUGGUGGUUGGAAGCAACCCGGACAAAGUGAACAAGAUUGUGCGUACCCUGUGUCUCUUCCUCACCCCUUCUGAGAGGAAGUGCUCCCGUCUGUGCAAAGCUGACUCAUCUUUCAAAUAUGACACUGGGCUGUUUGUCCAGGGCCUCCUCAAGGAUUCCACUGGCAGCUUUGUUCUCCCCUUCCGCCAAGUGCUGUACUCUCCCUACCCGACAACGCACAUCGACGUGGACAUCAACACCGUGAAGCAGAUGCCCCCAUGCCACGAGCACACGUACAACCAGCGGCGCUACAUCCGCUCUGAGCUCAGUGCCCUCUGGCGUGCCGUCAGCGAGGAGGAGAUCACGCCCGAGGCCUUCAUCCACACUGCUGAGACCUUCACCCCGGAUCUAAACAUCUUUCAGGAUGUCAUGCACAAAGACACCCUUGUUAAGUCUUUUAUAGAUGAGGUGUUCAUGCUGAAGCCCGGCCUCUCCCUGCGGAGCACAUACUUGGCCCAGUUCUUGCUCCUGCUCCACAGGAAGGCGCUCACUCUGCUCAAAUACAUCGAGGACGAGACGCAAAAGGGAAAGAAGCCGUUCCGCUCCUUGCGCAACUUGAAGACAGAUCUGAACCUAAUGGUAGAGGGCGACCUAAAUAUCAUCAUGGCCUUUGCUGAGAAGUUGAGGGCAGGACUGCACUCUUUUGUUUUUGGAAAACCUUUCUACACCAGCGUUCAAGAGCGGGACGCACUCAUGAGCUUUUGAACGUAAUGUACUUAAGUGUCUUCCUUGCAGAGAUGCAUCAAAAUUUGGGACAAUUGUUGGGUUGUUGACCGCUUCCAAAUCCGUUGUUACAAAAUGAUCAAAAUGGUUCAUACCUUCCCAAUGCUUCUCCAGUGUAUGUGCUCGACAAGGGAUUUAAUCAAACACAUCUAAUACUUUGACAGACACAAUAUUGUCAAAUUUGAUUGCUUGCAGUUAAACCUUUUAAGGAGUUUGGUAUUGAGAAUGAAGUAGAACUUGAAUAGAGCUGACAGUAGCCGUUGUUUUACUUUAUAUGAACAAAUGUUUUGGUUAUGCUGCAGGUCACGUAGGGACUGUAGUUGAUUAGCGAUUUCAAAUAGGCUUUAAAGACAUUAAAACCGACAAACUGUCAGAACAGUUUGCCUUAUUUAAUUAUAGUUUUGAAAAGCCUUUCAUACAGCAUUCAGCUUACAGAAAGGUUGUUAAGAUGCACUGUUGUGGGUUUGAUGUGUCACUUUACAAAUUGUAUUUGAAAUCAUUUUUCAAAGCACGAGUGUCUUAUGUGUGUGUCUUUCUUAUGUAAUAUGUGUAUAUUUUAUGACUGUGCUGUACUGGUCUUUGAGAAAACAAAUACAAAAAUAAUAUUGUGAUUGAGUCAAUAGUUGGAAUAUUUUACAGGAUGUUCGCAUCCGUGUACAAGUAGUUAAUGGCCAUCUUCCUGUACUUAAUAAUAAUUUGCUAGUGGUAACUUAAUUAACCAAACCAAAAACGGGUCUCAUCAGUGUGUCUCUCCAUCAAAGGGGGAUGCAAAUAUUGAUGUAAUGUUGAGGGUGUCAGGCAUUAGCCCUUGACUGAGAAUAUGUUCAAGGACAAACUGGACUGACUGUAGUCUUGAGUUUGAGCAUGACUAUGUACUGAAUGCUAUUGUUUUGGUAUGUAAAUAUAAUUGAAUAAUAAUGUAACUUAUUUGAUGGAUAGGCAUCAUGUAAUAUGCCCUCUCUUGUCUUGCUGUCAUUGUCAAAUGAAAUAUGUUGUCAUAAAGGAUAUUCAUAAAGCCAAUGAUUUAAA